AUGAGCCAUGCACCAAAUUCAACAGAAGAGAUUGUGCGAGACUAUUUGGCGGCGAGAUCAAUGGUAACCACUCUGAAGGCCUACGAUCAGGAGUGUUCUCUGGCAAAAGACGCAAAUUAUCAGGUGAAUCAGAGUAAAAUUUACAUUUUUCAGUCGUAAUCGAAGCGCAGUUCUUCUCAAUCAAUUAUUCUCUUCGACAGGUAGAUCGUUGCAUCGAUGAAAUGACGGAAGCGAUCGAUAAACACGACGUCGACACACUGUGCGCAAUGUGGGAGUCGUGGAACGCCCGUGUAUUCCACAGUCUUGAUGCGGUUCGUGUCUUCUUGAUUUUCAAUUGUCAUCAAAUGUAUGUUUUAGGAAGGAAUGAAGCAAGCUCAGGGCUAUGAGGCAAGCGCCUACCGGUUAUUCCUUGUCCGGUGCGUUCAAAGAAAAAAUAUAGCCAAAUGCAACGAAUUCUUUCGGAAAAUGUCGUCGUUAACAUUAAACAACCCUCAAUGGACAGACUGGUUUGGUGAGCUUUCAAGAUCUUUGUUCAAGCACAACCAGUUAAUUUGAUUUCCAGCAUUUCCGUACAAUCAUCAUGCAAGAGACACGGAGCCGUUCCGAAAAUACUUUGACAAGACGUGGAUUGAGAUCUACUACGUGUCACUGCACAAUUUCUUGUCCACAAGUAUUGCAAAUGUUUCUCCAAGUGCAAUAGGAACGAUAGUCGAAGGAAUUGCGAGAGAUCCAAUUGGGGUAUACAUAUCUAGCAAAAUUAAAAAAAGACGGAAUGUUCGAUUGCAGACUGAUCACGUUGAUUUCGAUGAAGAUUUGAUUGAUGACUUUGCCGUAAUAGCACAGUGAGUGUUCAGAACAGCUGAAAGCCAUACAUUUACACUUGCAGAUGCUCAAUCCCUGUCAAACGUGGUUAUUCGAAACCUUCUCUGCGUACUCUUCUGAAAUCUCUCACAAGUUCCAAGAAGCCUUCCACUUCGACCGACUGA